CCGGAUAACGAGCGGCAGGUGACGACCCGUCGGCGCAGAUGCUGAGAGCGCGGCUCUCUGUGCGUCACGGCGCGCUCCGGACUCUCCUCCCUGCCUCAGAUGUUCGGAUGCUCAGCAUGUGACGCUCCGUCCGUCCUCAGAGUCCGGUGAGCGCUUAAUCUGGACCACAGCCACGCACGCAAGCUGCUCGGUGGACAUGCUCAUUUAUUCACCUCUCCUCACGCCACGUCACUUUAAACGGGGAGGACAUCGCCGCAAAAGACCCACGAUCUGAAGCAAAACCUGGAGUCCAGGCGUCACUCCUCUGGAUCUUCCUCAUAGCUGCAUCCAUUCAUCUCUUCUCCUCACUCCUCUUCCAUCAGUAAUUUUUCUCCUCCUCUCAGCCGCUCCCUCUCUCUCUUUCUCCUUCGUUGCUUUUUUUUUUCUCUCCAUCCCCAUCCCCGCUUUCCCGGACCCCCCCAGCCUCCCUGAUGCCUAAGAACAGCAAGGUGAUACAGCGCGAGCAGAGUCAUGAGCACGUCACAGAGUCGGUGGCCGACCUGCUCGCCCACGAGGAGCCUCUCGAUUACAAGAGCAGCUCUCUGAAUGUGGGAGCGGCCGCUGGAAAGAAGGUUCCUCAGAUCGAAGUGCCCGAGAACGACGGCCGGCCCGCGUGGAACAGCAAGCUGCAGUACAUCCUGGCCCAGGUGGGCUUCUCUGUUGGGCUCGGAAACGUGUGGCGCUUCCCGUACCUGUGCCAGAAGAAUGGAGGAGGUGCAUAUUUGGUUCCUUAUUUCAUCCUCCUCCUCAUCAUCGGCAUCCCUCUCUUCUUCUUGGAGCUGGCUGUGGGUCAGAAGAUAAGGCGUGGCAGCAUCGGAGUUUGGAACUACGUCUGUCCGCGUCUUGGUGGGAUAGGGAUGUCCAGUCUGAUGGUAUGUGGAUUUGUGGGUCUCUACUACAACGUCAUCAUUGGUUGGAGCAUCUUCUACUUUUUCCAGUCCUUCCAGCACCCUCUGCCAUGGAGCGACUGUCCGAUUCGAAGGAACGGGACAAUUGCCUUUGUGGAGCCAGAGUGUGACAAAAGCUCGGCCACAACGUAUUUCUGGUACCGGCAGACUCUGAACACGACCAGCACCAUCGCAGAGAGCGGUGGCCUCAACAUCAAAAUGACCUUAUCUCUGCUGGUGGCUUGGAUAAUCGUCUGCCUCGCUGUCAUUAAAGGAAUCGCCUCUUCUGGGAAGGUGAUGUACUUCAGCUCUCUUUUCCCUUACUUGGUGCUCUUCUGCUUCCUGGUUAGAGGUUUGAUGCUGAAAGGAUCAAUAGAUGGGAUUGCUCACAUGUUUACGCCAAAGCUGGAGAAGAUGCUGGAGCCGCAGGUUUGGAGGGAAGCAGCCACUCAGGUCUUCUUCGCUCUGGGUCUGGGGUUUGGAGGGGUCAUAGCCUUCUCCAGUUACAACAAAAUAGACAACAACUGCCACUUUGACGCUGUGCUCGUCUCCGUCAUCAAUUUCUUGACUUCCAUUUUGGCCACGCUGGUGGUGUUCGCCGUGCUGGGCUUCAAGGCCAACAUCAUGAAUGAAAAGUGUAUUUCCGAAAAUGGAGAAAAGAUCCUGGGAUACCUCAACUCCAACCUCCUGAGUCACGAUCUCAUUCCUCCUCACGUGAACUUUUCCCAUCUCACCCCAUCAGACUACGCUGAGGUGUACAGCGUCAUCAAGACGGUGAAGGAGGACGACUUUGCCCAGCUGGGCUUGGAGCCCUGUCUCCUGGAGGAUGAACUCAACAAGGCAGUUCAGGGCACUGGCUUGGCCUUCAUCGCCUUCACGGAGGCCAUGACCCAUUUCCCAGCAUCCCCCUUCUGGUCUGUGAUGUUCUUUUUCAUGCUAAUCAACCUCGGCUUGGGUAGCAUGAUUGGCACCAUGACUGGCAUCACCACACCCGUCCUUGACGCCUACAAAGUUCAGAAAGAGCUUUUCACAGUGUGCUGCUGCAUCGUGGCUUUCCUCUGUGGGCUGUUGUUUGUCCAGCGAUCGGGAAAUUAUUUCGUCACCAUGUUUGAUGAUUACUCUGCCGGUCUGCCUCUCACGGUCGUAGUGAUCCUGGAAAACGUCUCUGUCGCUUGGGUGUACGGCACUAAAAGGUUCAUGCAAGACCUGGAGGACAUGCUGGGUUUUCGACCAUCUAUAAUCUAUUUCUACCUGUGGAAGUACGUCUCCCCUCUUUGUCUCAUCGUCCUCAUCUCAGCCACUGUCAUAGAGAUGGCCAUCAGCCCACCGGGAUACAAUGCAUGGGUCCAAGAGCUGGCUCAGGAACGCUUCCAAAGCUACCCGCCCUGGGCUCUGGCCAUGUGCUUCGCUCUCAUCGUUGUGGCCAUGCUUCCCCUCCCGAUCGUCUUCAUCGCGCGCCACUUCAACCUGAUGUCGGACGGCUCCAACAAGCUGUCCGUCUCCUAUCGUAAAACCAUGAUGAAAGACAUCUCCAACCUCGAGGAGCAGGACGAGGCCAGAUUCAUCCUCGGUGCCAAGCCUGGCGACGUGCCGCUGUCGGGUUUGGCCCGCAAACCCUACGUGACCCCGACGGGGAACAAAUCCGUGGAUCCCAACUCUCUGUCUCCAAAUGUCUGCUACGGCACGAGCUACCAAAACGCUGCAAUAAGCCCCACGACACCAACAACGCCGCCUACGCCCCUUACACCUCUUACACCAGAGUCAGACUCUUGACUUUCCCCUUACCAACACCCCUCCAACAUGCAGUCCUCCCAUCAGUUUAGUUUUCAACCCUUUGUCCAGCUAAUCUCGCAAAACCUUCAGUAGUCACCUAGUUUUUCAGUGGAGUAAAACCCGAUUUUCUUGAUCCUACAGACUGUCAAAGCCACACACAGGGUAACACAGGCUAUCAUUAUGCAGUGAGUCUGAAAUGAACACACACACACAAAAAAAACAUCUAAGAAAAAGCUACAUUUAGUCUGUGAAGGUGUUUCUGUGUGAUAUUUAAACGAGGCUGCUCUAAAGACACACAGAUCUGUUUCAUUCAGACCCAAAGUUAACCACCCGAGUUCAUUCUGUAAAUAUCAAUGUACAGUGUAGUUAAUAAAAUACUGUAGAUUUUCCUACGCGGAGAUUAAAUUAAGAAACGUCAUGUUCCGUCACAUACAUGUCACAUCUUCUGUAGAGGUCAAACUUUUUAGUUUCUUCACCAAAGAGUAAAAACAAAACGCUUGAAUUCAAGCAAAGAAUGUUUGUUGAGUUGGAGUAAAAGUCAAGUUUAGUCAUUUUACGUUAAACUCAUAAUAAGAAACACAAGCCUCUAUUGUAUUCCUUGGACGUGUGAUGGAAGGCCUAAUCUACUCGUGCUAAUCCGAAGUCUAGUUGGUUUCAAAUGAUGGCACAUAAGCACACUAGUCUAUUUUUUAAAAGUGUAUGAGCACAAGUAAGUCACAGAUUCUUAUUGUUCCAAAGGGCAGAAUUAAAAUAAAUUAAAAAUAACGCCCUUUCCGCUUAUUGGUUCUCCUGGUAAAGAUGUGUGAGGAGCUUAAAAAAAAUAAUGAAAUCCUUUUCUGUAGCAGCUUGAUUUCAAAACAAAUUUAAGAGAACAAUCCCUUAAUUGGAGAACACUUAUUCAUUGGGUGAAAAACAUUCCCAUUAGAAAAUAUUUGUUUUAGCCAAAAUCAUAGAUGCCCUCAUUAUUGGCACCCCUAGCAAUUCUUCUAAACUUUAACUGACCUGUUUACUGUUCCCCCUCUUGACUUUUUUUAAGUUGAUGAAAAAGUCUAGAAAAGUUAAUUUCAGUAAAAACAUGAGUUGACACAGAGGUGUCAGAAUUUGUGGUUGAGUUGGACCCAGGUGCAGACAUCAAAGUUGGGACCUUUAUUUCAUUGGCACAGGGGAACCGGGGGAAAAUAACUAACUGGAAUCAUCAAAUACAUAAGAGAAGAAGAAAGUGGUGAGGAGGUGAGGAAAUUAACCGGGGCUGCAUCCCAAAAUGUCUAAUAAGGACUCUUCAUCCAAAGCGGCCGUACGUCAGCGUUCGCCAUGAUAAGUGCUGUCUGAAUAGUGCAGUCAGUAAGGAAGGAGGUAGGAAAAGGAGCCUGUAUGCUCCCUAUCAUAGUUCCUUUAGCAUAGGGACCUCGCCAUGUCUAUUACCGGCACUAGGGAGCUAUAAGAAAUCCCACAAUCCUUUGCAUGACGUAUAAGCACAGCCCACCCCACAGAAAUUUACGAAAACGUCCGGUGAGAAGAGAGCGCACACUUGUAAGUAGAACCAUUUACCCUUUCACGCAUUACACGACUUGUCGGUCACCCAUGUGGAUAAAAGGCCUUUGGCCAUUUUCACCUUUGCUGUCUACAGCAAAUAAGAGCCGAUAGAUGGUCUAAGAGCGUGACGUAAGUUUUAAAUUAAAGGAAGCAAUAAGAUCUGCGGUUGUGAGGUGACAAAGUAUAAUGUACAUAUAAAAACGUUAAACUAAAAAAGGAAACUCUGAUUAUUUGUUUAUGUUGUACACAUCGUUUAUUUUGCAUAUAAUGUGUAUACGUACACCACUUUUCGGGUUUAAAACAAAACCUAUUCAUAAAAUUAAAACAACUAAAAUAAAUACUACAAAAUCAUCGGCAGUAUGUCAGCACUGUUUAAGAAGACAAUAACAAACAAUUGGACUGGUUACUGUUAGAACUAGAAAGUCUGCAUAACUUUACGCGGCUUCUUGAGUUUUGGUAGUAAUGUAAUGGAGAGCUACAGCCGUUCGACACAUUUGUCAUAACUUGUGUGUUUUUUAGUUCUUAGGUCAAUCUGGGCUGUUGGUCCACAUUUGACUCGCAUCAUCCAUGUGUUUCCGUCGCGUAAUGAACUCAGAGUUAAAGGCUGUCCGAAAUUGACACGGCAGUCCGAAGCUCUUUUCUUACCAACGAUAGUGUUCUCACUGUUGACCCCAUAAAUUAAUACAUGAAUAAUAUAAUUAAAACAUUUCAGAUGGAGCCAGGCUUUUAACCACUGGGAGGGUUGAUUAGUGAAGUAAGACCCAGAAUGCAGUGCAGCUGGGAAAGAUUACGAUGAGAGAAAUGGAGAACGCUUCAUUAACAAACGCAGUAAUGAACACAGAGAGGUGAACAAGAGAACAAAAUGAUCUACUAAGGAAAGGAAAAGGCCUGACACCAAAAUAAGAAUCUAAACCCAAGUAAAAACAUAUAUAUCCUGUCAAGAAGUUAAUUUCUCUUUGCCAUUCUUCACACCCGGAAAGACAAGACAACAUGCCUAUAAAGAAAGGCACACAAUAGCCGCGUUUCUAUUGACCAUCAAAUUACGCAAAUUGUACUUACGAAAAUACAUUUGCUUAAUGGAAAUGCCAAUUUUGAAAAACCUUACGGUUUUCAAUCAAAAUGUUUUUGCACUAGGAUGAGGUGCUUUUUUUUUUGGCCAGAUCAAAACUGGUGUUUCGCAAAACUGCAAUGGAAACAAUGUUUUUUUUUGCUUCACACGAGUCACAUGAUAAAUAACCGAAUAUUAUCACCGGUGAAAAAGGCAGAAGAAGACGACAGGAAAUGUUGAAUCCAUAACUCUUCCAUAAAAUCGCAGAAUGCAAUGACCCAAAAAAGCCGCAUAUGUAGCCGCUCCCAAGUACGGUGGGCUUGUUGCUCCAACACCUCAAUGAGACGGCAACGUUUCCUCUGAUGGCUGAUGAUGAGCGCCAGUGCCGUGGCUGAAAUACGAAUGUUUGCAUCCUUCACCGCCAUGUUUUUUAAUGAGUUAUCAUGUGAGCAACUUAUUCAUGUGGGAUUUCAAUUGCAUAAAUGAUUUAAUGGAAACACCGCAAUUGCAAAAAUUGUGUUAGUUGUUUUUUUUACAUUUCUACAUUAGCAGAAUAUCUGCAAAGUUUUGAGCACAUUUGUAAUGGAAACACAGUUAGUGUGGAAGUUUUAAAAAAACAAAAAAAUACCUUUUUUUUGCAUGGUUACUGUCAAAUCAACACUACAGAUGGAGUGAGACGACCAGUGAGUUACAAAAUAAUUUAAAUAAAAAGCACCAUUAGACAAUUGUAGCAAAGAAAGACAUCAGGGAUUUAUUUUAAGCCUCCGUAACACGUUUGCCAGGCAUGCCGAUAAACGUGGAGGGUGCUGUACGUCAGAGCCGGCGAGUGAAAAAUAUAAGAGCACAAGCGAAAAAUGCACAAAGUUGGUCCUCUGUGACA